AUGGCGACCGCAACUCUCACUCUCAGUCCUUCGACUCUUGCUCGAUCCAUCACUCCUCCUCCUUCUCCUCCUGAAGACUCACCGUCUCCAAUGGCUCUCGCUUUAGCAUCUUCGGUUCCUCUCGCGAUCCCUAACAAGCAUCUACCCACUCCUACUUAUACCAUUACUACCAAAGUGUCUCCGUCACCUGUGACCCCGCCUGCAUCACCACCCACCGAGAAGGCCACCCCUCUCCUUCCAAUUUCAUCAGUCCUCUACCCACCCAGUGCAUACCAGCAGAUAUCUGUCGAACCUCCUAUCUAUUCGAUUGAUGCUGCUACGGCUGCUGCUGCAAUCCACCAAGCUGCCUGUCAUCCCCUUCCUCCUGCCGACAAGGUCUUCCCAUGGCUUCAUGGUCUUCACUCGGAUAACGCCGUUCAACUUACCUUUUUUAGUGCCCGAAGAAAAAUACACCAGAGGACGCCGUCGUGCUGGAGAGGUGUUACUGUUGUAAAAGCCGGCAGAGCUCUGGAAAGUUCCAAGUUGCGUGGAGCGGUUCAUCCCGCUGAGAUUCUCCCCACCGCCCCAGGAUACCAGGGGGGUUUCCUGGAAGUCGAUCCGAAAGAGGGUUUCUGUGUCCGGAAUUUCCAUAUUCAAACCGCCAAACUCGCCGCUGUUUCUGACAUCAUUGUCUACGGCGACGACCGAACGAGUAAGGAUGCCAUCAAAAAUAUUGCCAGGCGGAUCGCACAAGCUCAGGUUAAGUACCGUAGCAUGCAUAUGAGCCACCCAGACCUCGACUAUCCACAGUACAACACAUUUGUCGUAUCCAGUCCAUUUUCCGAAUUUGAACAGAACCACCCUGAACUUGUCGCUUUCGACUCGAGAGGUCUAGGUUCUGGGUCUAUCCCUGACUUUCCUUAUCUUGAACGCCAAGAAAUGUGUACGAUGUCGAGAGCUACUGAGAUCGCACACAAUGUCUGGCUAGGAUCGACAAGCGACAAGGAAUUCGUAAAUGCCUCUGGUCCAUUCAACAUCUGUAUCGAAUCUUGCGAUGGCGCUCCAUUUCCAACUGCACCGAUGCUACGGUUGAUUUCCCGCCGUAUGAGGGACCACACCAGUGUUCAGGAUAUUGAGUUCCCAGCCUCCGGAAGCGUUGCGACUUCCAACUGGGCAAAAUUCGAUAUUGAUGCUAUCAUUGAUAUGUGCCGAUGGAUAUACUUCUCGGCAAAUCCAAUCAUAAUCAAAGACGCAGAUGGCGACACUGCCAUGGAGGACCACGACCAAGGCAAACGUGUUCUCAUCCACUGCAUGGACGGGUACACCGAAACUUCACUCUUGGCUCUUGCGUAUCUCAUGUACUCUGAAGGCCUCCCUGUUCACGACGCAUGGAUCCAUCUCCACCGUGAAAAGGGACGUAAUUUCUUCGCCUACCAAACCGACCUCCAAAUCCUCCUACAUGCACAAACUGAAAUUCUCAAGGCAUCUCCGGCCCUAAAGAAUGAAGCAGACGCUACUGCAUUCAUCGCCAGUAUUGAAAUCCCUAAAUGGGUACCGAAAUUGGAUGGAUCUCUGCCUAGUAGGAUCCUGCCACAUAUGUAUCUGGGUAACCUAGGGCAUGCGAAUAAUCCGGAGAUGCUAAAAGAGCUUGGAAUCAAACGCAUUUUGAGCAUUGGCGAGUUUACAAACUGGUCAGCUGAUGAGAUCUCAGGAUGGCCGUCGGAGAAGAUUAUGAAGGUCGAGAAUAUUCAAGAUAAUGGCGUAGACCCCUUGACUUGCCGACUAGAUAAAUGCCUAGACUUUAUCAAUGCUGGUAGAGAGGCUGGAGAGGCGACUCUCGUUCAUUGUCGUGUCGGUGUGUCACGAUCCGCAACCAUUUGCAUAGCUGAAGUCAUGAAACGACUCAACCUUUCCGUUCCCCGAGCAUAUUGUUAUGUCCGAGCUCGACGACUAAACGUCAUCAUUCAACCUCAUCUUCGAUUCAUGUAUGAAUUGCUGAAAUGGGAAGAAGCUCAACGAACGGAGAACAAUCUCGGCAUCAAGCGCGAACUAGAAUGGCCGUCUAUCGCACGAGAGAUUGCACUGAUGAACCGACCAUAUUCACGAUAG